UAGAAAUGGCAGCAAUAAAGGGCCUGGGUAGAAAUAUCCCCUAUCUGAGGCAACAAUUUGCUGCCCUUUUAGGAAACACCAGUACUAGUGUUAAAUUCAUAUGCAUAGUCGUUCUGUUUUCCUAUUGCCUUUCUUUCUCCACGGAAACGGUACGUGUAUUGAGCGUAACACCAGGUUACCUACUGCCUCCAGUUUUUUGGAUUUGGACUGCAUUCACCUUCUGUUUCCUUGAGAUACAUUUCUGGGAAGUAUGCGUGGAUAUUGUGACAGUAGGUCUUUGUGGCAAAUUGAUCGAACCACUAUGGGGCGCGAUGGAAAUGAUGACUUUCUUUGCUAUCGUUAAUUUUGGCGUCGCUGUAUUAUCUGCUUUAUUUUAUUUAUUCCUUUAUAUGUGCACCAACGAUCCGGAUCUGCUAUUUGAUAUACACAUUCAUGGACUAACUGGAUAUAUAGCAGGUGUUGCAGUAGCUGUAAAACAAAUAAUGCCAGAUCAUAUUUUAGUUAAAACACCAAUUGGAAAGAUUACGAAUAGGAAUAUACCAUUAAUGGUAUGGGUUAUGGGAGUGAUAUUAUGGCUUUUUGGAUUAUUAGAAGGCACUCAUCCAACUAUGUUUCUUAGUGGUUUAUUAAUAUCGUGGAUAUAUCUUAGAUUCUAUCAAAAACAUAACAAUGGCACACGUGGUGAUAUGGCAGAUAAUUUCACAUUUGCAAGUUUCUUUCCAAAUGUCUUACAACCACCAAUAGCAGUUGUGAGUAACACGGUACAUGGCUUUUUUGUACGAGUUGGAAUUUGUAGAAAAGUAGUUAGAAGAUUUGACAUGUCCAAUGCCCCACCUGGUCUCAUUAUAAAUCUUCCUGGUAUCGAUCCACAUGAUAGUGAAAGAAGAAGGCAAAUAGCAUUAAAAGCCUUGAGUGAAAGAUUGAGCAAGGAUCAUGCAAAACCAUGGCAACAAGAAAGAGCUAAAAAACAUUCUCCAGUACCUCCUGCAGUUUCAAUCCCAAUUCCUGAUACUGCUACACCCAAGCCACUUGCAUCUCCUCUCAUUCCUCAAGUUAGUGUUAACAUACAUAAUCAUACUUCUACUAAUACGUGAUCACAUCAAAUAGACUGAUUUCAAAUACAUGCAUAAGUAUUUUAAGAAACUUCUAAAGAAAAUAUUAAUAAUAUGCAACAAUAUUGAUAAUAUGGCAAUGUUUCGUGAGAUAGUAAUUUUUAGUAAUAUACAUAUGUAAGCAAAGCGCGAUUAUAAAAAAGAAAAGAACAGCAAAGAAAGUACUUUCAGAUCUUUCUAAUUUGUAAUUAUACAGCCACAUCGAAAAAGCAUUUAUUUCUUAAUGUCUAUUGGUAAAUUCAAAGAACAAUAUGUAAUAUUCAAGCUGUGCCUUGGCGUUUAUAACUUUUAAUUAAUUUGUGUAUCCAACCUUAAAUCUGUUUUUAAACAUAUAAACGCCGAGUUGACUUGUUCUUUGAUAUUACCACAUACAAAAUGGCAUUUUAUACGGUAAAUAAAUUUAUAUAUAUUAACCAUAAUGCCAUAUUGCAGAUUGUACAUUAUAUAGUCUUUAGAAGAUUCUUAACAAGAAAUAUAGGAAAGCCGAUCUUUCUAGUUUGUGAUGAUAUUUUCCAAGAAAAUCGCGUUCUUUGUUACUAAGAAACUAUAAACUAUUUAUGUAACUGAGUAUUGUCGGUAAAAGAUAAAUAAUUAAAAUUUUUUUAACAAAUAUGUUGAAGGUCCUGAAAUACUGUAUAAGUGCAGCAAUGUUCCGUCGUUAAUAUUAUUCAGUAAUAGCUGGAAGGUAAAGAUACAUUACUAAUAACAAUGAAUGAAAAUAGACUGGUUUCCAGUGUAAUGUAAAAUAAUUUUACUAGAGACAGAUUUAAAUUUGGAAAAGGUUAUUACUUUAUCAACAUGUUUUAGGAAAUAUUUUAUACAAUCAGGAUUACAAUUAAAUAUUCUGUAUAGUGUAAAAUGUUAAUGUAGAAUACAUAUAGAUGUUGAAAUGAGAUGACGAUUAUAAAACACAAACAUUUUCAGCUUAUUUUAAAGUCAUACUUUAACAAAAAUUGUAGGACAAAAUGCUAACUUUUUACAUCAUGAAAAAUGAAGAGAUGAGUAUCAAAUGCAUUAUUUCUGUAGAUUUUAAGGCAAUUAUUUUAGGACACAGAGAACAAAUUUAACUUCAAUAAAUUAUUUUCAUAUUACUUCAAGCAAUAAUUAUAUUUAUAUCUGUACCUAAAUACCUAAUAUAGGUAUAUUAAAGAUUUUAUCUAAAUUAUAAAAUACAUGUAUAUUUUGAUUAAUACACAUGUAUUGCUUGUAUGCACAUAAAUUUAUAUUAUUUAUGUUCAUUGUGUAUUUUAUUAAUUUAUUCUACUAAUCUUGUCCUAUAUAGCUCAAAUAUAGUUAACAUAAUUCUUACUGCUUAUUAGGUACAGGUAUUUAAAAUAUAUUCAUUUAAUUACAUUGUAACACAAACAUUAUUUUCAUUUUAUAUCUGAUUUAUAUUUUCACACGUAACAUUCUUUCUUUACUUAAAACAAUGCAACAAUCAACUAUUGUGCCACAAACACAUGUUGCAAUUUUUUUCGCCAUCUAUUGAUAUUUUUAAACAAUUGUUAAAUAUUGAUUAUUAUAGUUUAAAAGUAAUUGUUUAAAAUUAUAUAUAUGUAUGAAAAGGUGAAUGGAAAGUAGUUCGUAUAAAUGUAUAGCAAUGUGGAUAAUAUUUGAUAUAUCAAUAGGUUGUAAAUACCAGGAGUGAUGUAAAACGUGAAGGGAUCAAGACACUAUAAUGAUGCAGUAAUUAUACAUAGAUAGAUACAUUAAUACAUGUGUGACGGAGUAAGAUUAAAAACUAUUUUCAUGUAUGGUUCAAAACUAUCCCUUAAGAAUGUAUGUUAUUCAUAUUUUGGCCUUCCACUUAAAGAUUACUGAUAAAAAAAUUUUUAAGUACUUUUAUUAUAAGAUUUUUAGUCAAUUAAUAUUUAUUAUAAAUAUUACUAGAAUUAAAAAGCGAAAGGCCAGAAUGGAGUGUAUGAACAAAUGAAUAUUUGUUAAUUUCAUUAAAUAUAUUAUAAGAGUCUAAUAUAAUAAUUACACAUUAUAUAUAUGUACAUGUUAUAUAUAAUGAGUUUUGUACAUAUGUUAAAAUCGUUACAGUCUGUACAAUAUUAAAUUUUACUAAAAAAAUACAUAUUUCCUAUUUUCCUAUACUGCUUGUAGGAUAAAAUUAUAACAAUUAACACUAGAUAUUCAAUACAUAAUAGAAAUACUUAUUUGAAAUA